AUGACGAUCACGCCCACAGUACCACAGAUCUUGGAGGGAUUUCAUUCACACAGUCCAUUUGACCAGACAUUACUUGUCACAAUUUGGGAGCUUGGGGAAGGGAUUGGUCCCUUUUUUAUUGCACCGCUCUCUGAAAGAUUCGGCCGGCUUCUCGUCUUCCACGUUGGAAAUUUCCCCGCUCUUUGUUGCUUGGUCGCCACCGCCCUGAGUGUGAAUAUUCUCAAGGUGAUUGCGUUCCGAUUCUUAACGGGCUGCUGCCUGUCAAUUCUCACCCUUGGGCCCGCGAUUGUCAGAGAUUUGUUCCACAUGGAACACACCGGUGUGACCACGGCAUCGGUCAUGGGAAAUCAGAUGAUAGCAGAUUUCAUCUCACCUGUCGCAGGAUCAUAUAUCGCACAGGAUCUAGGUUGGCGAUGGUCGAUUUGGCUAGCGGCCAUCGUGCUCGGAUUCUUUAGCUUUCUCUUACUGGUCGUGUCCCGGGAAACGUACGCAGCUGUCAUUCUGAAGCGGAAGGCAAAGCGAUUACAAAAGAAGAGCAUGGAUGGCAAACAGUAUCGUUCCAAACAUUAG